GUUGCAACACAUAAUGCCGCGCAAGUAAUUAAGGUACUCAAUCGAAAAUUGAUUUCUCAACAGCUUAACUGGAUGUGUCGAAACAGUCAUUCAAUAAAAACACGCACACACAAAAAUUGGUUUAGAGGAAGCUGUUGCGAAAUGUGAGAUACGCAGGCAUAAACAGCUGAAGCUAAGCUUAUUGGCAUCCGCGCAGAUGAUGUAUAAAUAUACGCCCAGGAUGCCAACACACAAUUAAUCUUUGCUCGCAUUCUACAGCGUUGACUUCACGGACUACCCUUUGUGCCAAGUUUGUGCCAUAUUUAGACAAUUGAGACAAUGUUUUCCAAGUUGCUUAUUCUCGCCAUAGCUGUACUGAAUGUGCAUGCCUUAGUUGAACUUAGGGAUCUGCAUGAAGAGCACGGCCCUGUCGCCUAUGAGUUCCAGUAUGCCGUACAUGACCCGCACACAGGCGACAUUAAAUCGCAGAGGGAAGCGCGUAAAGACGAUCGUGUUGAAGGCGUUUAUGAACUGAUCGAUUCCGAUGGUCAUCGUCGCGUGGUGCAUUACAAAGCGGAUGAUCAUAACGGCUUCGAGGCAGUUGUGUCUCGUGAACCCACCAAUAUUAAAAUUCCCAUUCCUGAGGUGCAUCAUAAAUUAAUUGCCACCAAAAUCUUGACCCCAACAUUGCUGCAUCAUUAGAACGUAGGAGAGAGACAAAAAAUCCACCAUAGAAGUACCCGAUAUGACAGAUAGUCAUAUGGGAAAGUGUAGGAAUCUCGGUCAGUCAUGGAAAAUCGUGUAACUCGUUGCAUUUACAGCUAUUUACUCACAUAUGCACAUAUUUUCUUAAGCCAUUCAUUUGUUAGAAGUUAAGUUGCAUCUGUACAGUUAGUUUUUAAUAUACUUUUAAAAUGUGAAUGAAUUCCAUUUGUGCCAUUCAACUGUAAUGAUAUAAAUAUUUCGCCUAUCACCGGUAAAUAUUCAUAAAAGUACAGACAUAUAAAUAUAUAUAAAGUAUAAAUAUUUACUUGUAAACAGAAAAUAACAGCAGAAAGUUUUGCCUCUAGGGAUAGAAUAUAUGGAGAUAUUUACUUAUGCAU